AUGAGCGUUUGUAGGGGGAGGUAUAUCUCUGCUCAGAGAUGUACCAGAGACCAAGAAAUGCAUGACUGUCUCAGAAUAUAUAAACCUGAUGGGGACAAUGAACAGUAUUGUUCUGACAGUGAAGAAGCUCAUGUUUUCAAAGUCAAAGCACUGAAGCAAAAGAACACCAAUAUUGAUCAAAUACUAAGAAUUAGAAAUUAUCUGCAGAUAUUGAAUGGAAAGACAAUUAUGGAGAAUAGCCAGGGUGGAAAAACAAAGACACAAAAUACUGUAUCAAAGCUAGACAGUCUGGGAGCACUGGAUAUUGAUGCAUUGGUGCCUACCCAUGAUGAGCAAGGUUUCUGUAUCCCAGAAUGGAAACGGCAAGUGAUGGUCAGAAAAUUACAGGCUCAACUAUCAUCUGAAGAAGAGGUGGACAAGAAGAACAAAGGAAGCUGGGCACUAGAUACUGAUGUCUGGCAAUACUCACAGAAUCACAAGGCUAUCCUUGGCCCUUAUGGGGAACUACUAACAAAUGAUGAUUUGCUGUACUUAGAGAACCAAGUUGAGAAGCUGCAGAUUAAGAAGAAAUGCCAGGAGUUUAAAAAUGAGCUGGGACGCCUAACAGAAGAGCUACAAAGUGUUUUUCCAUCUCCCAUUAUCAGUGUCACAGUCAACCCUCAGUUUCUUCAAUCUUUCUCCCAGGUUGACCACCAGGAGCUACCAGACUGGUGCAAUCAUGUGUCUGGAAUAGUAAAAAAUAUGUCUCUACUUCUUAACAAUAUAAAUAAAACCGAGAAAGAGGGGGCUAAUGAGAAGUCAGGCAAAACAGUUUUUUUCCUAAGAGAUUCAGCCAAUAAAGAAAUCGUAGAAAGUGGUGUCUCUGUACAAAAUCUGAGAGACAAUUUUGAAAAACAUAAUCUUUUGAGUUACCACAAACCUUUUGAACCCAACGUUUUGAAAAACAUGUCCUUGCAACAUGACACAAGCAAGGAGUCGACACUUCAAACAUUAUUUAGCAUCUGUAAGACCAAGAGGCAAUUAAGUGGUAGGGAACAUAAGUUUGGAGAUGUGGAAAGUGCCAGUGAUUCCAACAUCAUCUAUAAGCAACUGUCCUCUAAAGCAGGUGGGAACUGUGUGCCAAUCACACAAUCUGCCAUCCUCCGAAAAGAACGAAUUGUGCUUCUUUUUCUAAGCCAUUGGAAGAAAUCUGCAUAUGCUCCUUCUUUGAAACUGCUGACUAGGAAGACUCUAAGUACUCAGCAACCGAUAAAACCUACAGGUCUUGUAGAGGUUAUAGCAGAGUUCAGAAAACAGCAGGAUCCUUUGCAGAACCCCUUGAAAGAAAUGAAGAGAUUUGUCCAUUUAGUUCAUCAGAGAUAUGCUAUUAAGAAGUUAAUCAGUCAUUGGAAGGAUGUCAUUUCUCUGCUGUCAUCUCAGGAGAUCAGAUGUCGAAGUCAUGAGCACACAAUCUAUUCUCCAGAACAAUUUUUACCCUAUGUCAAGGGUAAACCUACUGAUUAUAACAGUUUGAGUCUUGAGCUAUUUAUGCUUGGCUACUUCCAUAUCCUGGAGUUGGAUCUAUCACCUGAAGAACGUAAAGGAAGACAUCUCCUUUGCUUUGAAGUUUUCAAUCACCUGAGUAGACAUCAGUGGGAAACAGUGCGUGCCUUUCACAAAGCAGUGAUUGAUGAGAUUGCAGCAGGUAAAAGAAACUGGAAAGAUAGUUUUGAAGAUAUUAAGGAACAUUUUUUUGGUAAUAACAACAUGACUAAAACCAUAGAACUCCAAAGGCUGUCAAUGGAAACAAAUCCAACAACAAUAACCAAAACGAGGAUAUCAGGUAGUAUUUUUGAGCCUGAAGAGCAGGUCUCAGGAAAAUACUUUGAACUAGAUAACUGCAGUAAUGAUGAUAUCUACUGUUACAUCAACAGGAGUUUUGCUUUCUGGAAAGAAAAAGAAGCAGAGAUCUUUAGCUUUAAAGGAUCAGGACCUUUACAUUAG